AUGGGUUCUUCUUCUCUGAGGUCGUUCACUUCAGUUUUAUGGUCUACUUUAACGUUCUUGUUCGUGAAAAUUUCAGCAGAAGCAUCUUUUGAAUCAGAGGCAAAUUCUCUGCAUCACAGUGGUUGGUGGCCUGCCGCCAUUACCAGCAACAAUUCUGUGUCCGCAUGCAUGUGGCCGGGCAUUUCGUGCAACGAUGCAGGAAGCAUCACUGGAAUUGACUUACCAGAAGAGUACCAGAUAGGAGACCGAUUUGGUAACCUGAAUUUUUCUCUACUUCCGAAUCUUACUUCUCUGCAACUGCAUUUAAAUGGACUCACCGGCUCCAUUCCCCUUCAAAUAUGCGCAGUCCCGAGGCUCUCGCACUUGGACUUGUCCUCGAAUUAUCUAACUGGUGAGUUGCCUCCUUGCCUCGGAAAUCUCACUAGUUUAGGAUGGCUAGAUGUGUCUAUCAAUCAGUUGUCUGGCUCUAUUCCCUUAGCACUAGGGAGUUUGAAGAACUUGUUCCGCUUGGACUUACAUUUGAACCUUCUCACUGGUCCAAUCCCGAUUACCUUCGGUCGUUUGAGCAAUUUAAGCCUCAUUGACCUUAGCUCAAAUCAGUUAGGUGACAUCAUCCCUUCGGAAACUGGGAACCUCAGCAAACUAUGCUCUAUUGAUAUAAGCGGUAACGAAUUUGAGGGAGCGAUUCCACCUACUCUCAGUCGUCUGUUCAAUUUAAGGUCUCUACAUCUUUCCUCCAAUCGAUUAGGUGGUUCUAUUCCUCCUGAGAUAGGGGAUCUCAAGAACUUGCGUACGAUGGAUCUGAGCUUUAAUAACUUUGUUGGAUCAAUUCCUGCAACUCUAGUUCUUCUCUCCAAUUUGACAUUUCUUGGUCUCUCCACCAAUCGAUUAGGCGGUUCCAUUCCUCCUAAAAUAGGAAUCAAGAACUUGGUCACUAUGGAUCUAAGCUCCAACGAUUUCAACGAGUCAGUCCCGUGGAGUCUUCGGAAUUUGACAAACUUAAGAUACCUAUACCUGCAACGGAACCAAUUCACCAACUCCAUUUCGUCCAGAAUAGGAUAUCUAGAGAACAUCAAUCGCAUGGAUUUAAGUGGUAACAAGUUCAGUGGGGCCAUUCCCUCAUCCAUUGGGAAUUUAAAGAGUUUAUCACAUCUCAGUUUGCAAGAAAACGGGUUCAGUGGCUCUAUUCCAUUAGAAAUAGGUCAUUUGGACAACUUGAUUGAGAUGAGGCUGAGCCAUAAUUCCUUUAUCUGCCCCAUCCCUUCCUCUCUGGGAAACCUGGUAAGCUUGAAAUCUUUGUAUCUGCAAGCCAAUCGUUUCAAUUGUUCCAUCCCGCGGGCAAUAGCAAAUCUGACGAGUCUCAUCAACCUGGACAUGAGCUCAAAUGACUUGAUCGGAUCAAUUCCGAGUGAACUUGGGAGUUUACCCAUGUUAAAGUAUCUUGACCUCCGCAAUAAUUCGCUCUCCGGCACUAUACCAAAAGGCAUGGAGUUUGCUUCUCUCUCUUCUGUGAAUUUAUCAUACAACUCCUUGAUGGGUCCAAUCCCACGACAUCUCCUGGAUACUUAUUCGCGUAGUGCUUUCAACGGAAACAAAGAUUUGUACACUGAACCUCCAUUUGCACCUGUGAGUAGCCCCAUUCCUUUGAGGACCCCUCCUUCCUUGAGCAAGCCUUCCGCAGUGAUGUUAUCGCUACCUUGCCUUUUAGUUGUCGCUUCAAUUCUGGGGUCUUGCUUCUUUCUUUGGUGCGCAUUGAAGAGGGUUCAGCCAGAGGAGACAGUAGAAAAGGAUGGAAAUUUCUUGUCAAUAUGGAAUUAUGAUGGGAAGAUAGCAUAUGAAGACAUAAUUGCUGCCACGGAAGACUUUGACAUCAAAUACUGCAUUCAAAGAGGUGCUUAUGGUAGUGCGUACAGGGCGCAAUUGCCGAAUGGGAAGGCUGUAGCACUGAAGAAGGUUAAUCGCUCUGAAGCCGAGGACCCAAAUUUCAAUAAAAGCUUUCAAAAUGAAGUGAAGCACUUGACUGAAAUAAGACACAGAAGCAUAAUCCGGCUCUAUGGUUUCUGCUUGCAUAGGCGGUCGAUGUUCUUAAUUUAUGAGUAUAUGGAAGGGAGUCUAUUUUGUGUUCUGAGAAAUGACACUGAAGCAAUGGAGUUAGAUUGGGUGAGGAGAGUGAAUCUCAUCCAGGAUGUGGCACACGCCCUGUCUUACUUGCAUCACGGGUGUGCUCAGCCUGUUGUUCAUAGGGACAUAUCCAGCAGCAACGUUUUACUCAACAAUGAAAUGCGGGCUGUCCUAUCAGAUUUCGGGGCGGCAAGGUUACUACAGGGAAAUUCUUCGUCCAAUCUCACUUCAAACAUAGUAGGGACCCAUGGAUAUCUUGCUCCAGAGCUCGCUUAUACGCUCGUGGUCAACGAGAAAAGUGACGUAUACAGCUUCGGAGUAGUUGCAUUGGACACUAUAAUGGGCAAGCAUCCAAGAGGGAUCAUAUCAAGUUUGUGGACAUCAUCGGAAGAUCAUAUAAUGCUACAUCAAAUAUUAGACCCGCGUCUGCCUUAUCCAAAAGAGAAUUCCUGGGCGAGAGAUAUAGCCAUAGCAGUCACUUUAGCGCUUGCUUGCUUGAGUUCCAAGCCCAAAUUACGGCCAACAAUGAAACAGGUGUCCGAGGCUUUUCUAGCUCGAAAGUUACAAUUAGCCAAGCCCUUUCACGCAAUUUCGUUGAUUGAGCUUCGCAUAAAUCGAGAGGCGUGGUUAAGAGACGACAGGUCCGGAACUUCACCGAGACUCGAACAGUAAAAUGUGGGUUUUCAACGUGGUUAUAAGCUGUAACAGCAGGUUCCAUUGGGCUGAAAGCUUUACUUUGUCGAUUGGGAUUGGAGUGAGAACUUCGUCUAUGUGUAUAUCUGA